AUGGCGGAGCGCUUUGAAGGACGCGGGGGCGACAAGUCUGCUCUCAGGAAAGGGAAGGAGCGGAAGGACAAGAUCGACCUGCCGAAUUGGAACGGGGCCUUUGGACUGCAGGAUGCACCUGCCCGGCUCCACAGGAACUGUUCAAGUUACACGGGUGCAAGAUCAGCUCGCCUACGGUGGUGCUGGCAAGGAGAAUUUAAAGAGCCUUGCCAUAGCUAUGGUACUGUGGUGGAUAUUGCUUCUGCAUCUUAUUGGAUUUGCAAAGCCAGCAAUGCUGAGGCAAAGGGGAAGUACCAGGAUGCAGCAAACAUACUGAUGGAAGGAAAGAGCAAAGGAGCCCAGCCAGAGACGGAUCUAGACAGGGGAUUGGAGGACAUUCAGCAACGCUGGCGGGCAGUGAAAGAUUUUGAAGAAAGAGAAGCAGUGGAGAAGGUGGAAUGUGGAAUUCAGAGAUUCUCUCAGUUCAGUGGCAGCCGUACUGUGACCCCCCGUUUCAAAACCACCAUUCCCAUUCCUCUGGCCCUCACACAGUCAAACCCUAGCACAUUGGACAGCAGGCCUGGUACGGCGCCCAUAUUGCCUAUCUUGUCAGGAAGGAAACGAUCGUCAGUUAGAUUCAAAUCAGAAGUGCAGGUCAUUGAGCCUGCCGAUGAAUCACACUUGCUGGCAGAAGCACGUUUUCCUGCACAGAUUGCUCAGGCCCUGGCUCUGCCAACCGUAGCCGCUGUUGAACACGUGGCGGAGCCUGGGGUUGCAGGCUGCCAACCUGCAGAUCCCUCAGCGCCUGGGGCACCCUACAGCCCGAUGCAGACCUCCCCGGCUCCGGCAAUUGAUGCAACUGGCACACAGAAGCCCAAACUGCAGGGGGUGAGGCUCAAUUUCCAAUCGGUGCUGGAUUCUGAGCAGCCUUGCAGCAGGGAUGACAGCAAGGUGCUGAUAGGGGGAGUGUGCAGGCAGGGAAAUGAGCAUAUGGGUGGUGACGUUGCAGGCCCUGCAACCCUCUCUACGAAAGAUGUGCUGGCGAGGAUGCUUGGACAAGUGUUUUGUGCAACUAUCUGCAAGAUGGAAACUGGGCAAGAUUAUGUGCCACAUGUUGCCAUGGAUGCACCAAUCUGCAGAUAUGAUGUGGAUUCAAGGAAGACUAAACAUCUAAAUCUGGGUCGGAUGUGUGUAAAUGGACUUCGCGAAGACUUGAAUGACAGCAUGGUUUCAAGGACCGAGCCAGGUGGCAGCGAUCGUGUCAGCAAGAGCACCGGCCUAGAAAAAUGUGAGCAAGGCCAGUGGCGUUGCAGCAUGCUAGGGCAGCUGGGACCCUUGCAGCACAUGGAAUUUAUGGCAAAAGGCGGCGCACAACAAUGCCAUGGACGAAUCCAAGCUGCCCAGGCAGGUUGUGGGGAUUCCCAAUCCCAUGUCUUUGGCAACUGUCCAGGUGCCACUGUCUCAACCGCAAGUUCAUGGGGUCCCCCCUCUCUGGGCCUUGCUGUGUCCACGCCUUCACCACUCUUGCGCACCUCGAACAGCAGUGUGCCUGGUGACAAAGAAGCGCAGUGCUCAUUGCAGUGGCAGAGAAGUCCACGGGCACCAGGUGUUGAGGGUCAACUGAGUCGACCAGCUGCAACUGCCAGACAGCAUCCCACUGGUGCACAGGAUAAAUUUGGUGCCUUUGUGUUUGACCUGAAGCCAAACGAUGGCCAGUUCACUGGUGCCUCCAAUCGAUUCCCUGCUGAUGGCUGUGGCAACCUACCUGGGGCUCCAUUUCCAUGCUUUGGCCCAAAUGUUUACAACGGCAGCUCAACAGACCAAGAUGGCAGUGCCAAGCUAGGGAUGGCAAGUGAGGGUGGCCCAAUGGUUACACCCUCCAUCAGCGGAAGCAACAAUUACUGCCUUGCGCCGCGAAGUCUUCUGCAGCGCCAUCUCUGGAGGGCUGGAGAUCCAACUGUCCAGCCAGACUCUUCUCAACCCUUGGGACCUCCCCUGUGCUCUGCGCCGACUCACCCUCCUGUAAAUACGUCAGCACAUGUGCUGAGCAAACAACGAAACAAAGGCAUGGCUGCCCGCUGCAUGCCUGCGCUGCCUUCACGGCAAGUACCACCCAACAGCUCAAGAGCGCAACCCAAAAAGCUGCAGCCCAGACCCCCCUGGCGACAUUCUACACAAGGACAGGCCAGGUCGCAUCCCUACACAGGUGUGGGUGUCAGAGGCGAUGUUGUUGGCUGGCCUGCGAAUGGCAGAAGCCAAACGUGGAGGGCAGGGGGUCAGCGGCAUGGGAAGAUACACCACAGACCUCAUCUGCACGAAGCAGAUGUGAGGGCAAGGAGAGUCAGGAAUGGAGUAGGGAUUGUGAGCAAGACAGCUGCACUGCCGGCGGCAGAGACAAGGGAGGCACAGCAAUCAAGCCGCCAGCUGGGCCCCUUGCAUGAGGUAAGACGCUCUGGUUUUCGCGCCACUCAGCAAGCAGCAUCAAACGCCGAAGGUGCACGAGAGAUGGGCAACCACUGUAGAACAGCAAAGGUCCCGCGAUGUGCUGGGAGGCCAGGCAAAACGUGA